AUGGCUGAAGCUCGCGUCUUCACCCUACGGCCGCUGCCAAAACCUCCGCGAAGCGAUCUCCGCGAUUCCUUCCGCAUAUACCUUUCGGCAAGCUCAUUAGCAUAUCUAAAGCUAUCCCCGGGCAGUCUUUGCUCGCUUCACCUAGAGGGAGGAAUCGAAAAGACUGCUGUAGCGUGGAAUGCUGUCGGCGACAUAAAAACAACGGUUGUCCAAGCGUCGAGCAUUUUGCAAGAAUGCUACGGUAUCAAACUUGGCGAGAAGCUCACUAUCUCCAAGCUCGAUGGACCACUCAGCGAAGUUGACAGGGUGCAACUUGAAGAAUGUACUCACCCGGACAGGCUAGCGAUUUACGGAUCCCUAUCUGAAGAUACGGAAUUAGCCCAUUGGGAGUGGGCUCUGGAACAUCCUCUAUCGCAAUGCGGAGUUUUGUCAAUCGGCCUUCCAUUUGAUGCUGAGAUUAAGGGUCAAUUUAGGAGUUUCAAAGUUGUUGAGAUCUCAACCGCCAACCCAACAGAUCAGAGUAUAUCCCUCUUCACCGAACAUUCGCGAGUACACAUUGGCACCGGGCCAAAAGAAGCAAAAGUUCAGACUGUCCUUAAGGUCGAUCAAAAUGGAUUGGGUGGGCUCACAGAUCAGAUAUUUCGGCUGAAUCACGUGCUGGUGGACUUUAACUUGCAAGCUCUUGGGGCAGAAAUGCCACAGUUUUAUAGAUUAAGUCGAGGUCUUCUUAUACAUGGGCCGAAGGGCACAGGAAAAAGUUCACUACUGCGUAGGAUCGAGUCAGCUGGCUGGCGCAAGACGUUUGCUAUAGGGUCGAAUCUACUCUCUCGCAAUUCAAGUGAUGGCGAGGCAAAAUUGCGCAAGAUUUUCAAAGAAGCUUCUCAGGCGGAGCCCAGUGUAAUUAUCAUCGAUCAGAUUGAUGCCAUUGCACCAAAGAAAACCUCUUCGGAAGCUUCGUCUUUGGUUCAUGCUUUAUGCGAGGGUAUUGACGCGUUAGGAGAUGCUAAGGUUCUGGUUGUAGCAGCAACGCGCCAUCCCAAUGAUGUCGAUGAUUCACUUAGGACACCUCAUCGUCUUUCAGUUGAAGUUGAGGUAUCAAUCCCAACAGCAGCUGCUAGAAAGGAGAUCUUAUGCGCAAUACGUGACGGAUCAUCAGAGCCUAACGACUCCAUAUUGGAUUUCAUGGCAGAGAAGACCCAUGGAUACGUUGGCGCUGAUCUAUUUGCCCUCUUACAAAUGACGUGCCGUAAAGCCCGGGAUAGACUGAUCCCUAGUUCUGAACUGACGAGCUUGGGUGCCUCUAUCAAGAAUGAGGCCUCCGAAGAUAAGAGCUUAAUCUGGCUAGUUAUAAACGAGGAUGACGUUAUUGCGGCCAUGCAAGACGUGCGUCCUACGGCUAUGCGGGAGGUUUUCCUUGAGACUCCCAAAGUAAGAUGGACGGAUAUCGGAGGACAACAUGCGCUAAAAAGACAUUUACAAAAGAUGGUUGAGCGGCCAUUGAAGUUCCCUGAAAGGAUGCGAAGGCUUAACGUGAAAAGCCGAAAGGGUAUCCUGCUCUAUGGCCCACCAGGUUGUUCAAAGACACUUGUCGUUAAAGCUCUGGCUACUGAGGCUGGGCUUAACUUCCUGGCUGUAAAAGGCGCCGAAAUCUUGAGCAUGUAUGUUGGAGAGUCGGAGCGUAAACUCCGAGAGAUUUUCCAGAAAGCCCGUGCUGCCAGACCUAGCAUCCUUUUCUUUGACGAGAUUGAUGCUAUCGCUGCAAAGCGUAGCGGCGCCGGUGGCGGUGUCAACGUUCUCACAACGCUCUUGAACGAAAUGGACGGCAUUGAGGAGCUUAAAAAUGUGUUGGUUGUAGCAGCAACUAAUAAGCCCGGUGUUCUCGACCCUGCUUUAAUGCGUCCAGGCCGUUUGGAUAAUAUUGUAUAUGUCGGACCACCAGACUACGACUCGCGGAAAGAGAUAUUCUCAAUAUGGGCGAGCAAAUCAGUUGUUAGUUCAGACUUGAGCAUCGAUGACCUUGCAGCCAAGACAGAAGGUUAUUCUGGUGCAGAAAUCAUCAGCCUAUGCGAAACUGCCGGAGAGGCUGCAUUAGAUGAGGAAGAUGAAAAGAAUGAGCCACAAGAGAUUAUGGGGCAUCACUUUGAAAUCGCAUUCACUCAAGUUAAAAGUCAAUUGACACACGAUAUCAUAGCGGAGUAUGAGCAAUGGGCCGAGAAAUCUGCAUUGUGA